GCACAGCCUCCAAAAUUCACCAGGCAACAAGUGGUGGAGACCUUAACGCAAAUACGCCGUUGAGUCCAGAAUCUUCGGAUCACCAGGGAGGCAUCCUGUAGGCAUUUAUUACACGACUGCUGAGGAUUUUUACCGCACAGCAUAAGGCCCUGAUCCUUCUCCCCUGGCACGUCUGAGGCUUUAGCCAAAAACGUAUCCUCUAGUUAUAUAUAUUUGUCCCGAUCCGCAUUUUAGGAUCAACCGAUCUACACUUGUGAAAGUGCUCCAUACACACUUUUCGUCCUUUCUAUUUGCAUCUUUACAAAGAGCUCCACGCAUCUACUGUAACUGAAACCCUACAAUGCAUUUCAGCGUCUUGCGAGCCUUCUUGUUGUUACUCUUGGCUCAUCUUGCCCUUGCUAAGACCAUACCACUAGAAGAGCUUUUGUACAACUCCAAAAAUGUGUGCACGCAUCUUGAACAAUCGUUCCUCUCCGCCAUCCACAAUAUGAGCGCUGUCACGGCUCAGGGUGAUCGUAUGCCGCUUGACGACUUCAGGGUAGACUUAUACUUGUCUCUCGUAUCUCCUGAGGGUGCAACUGAAGAUCUCCAAUACCAAAUUGAUUACAUCAUCCAGUUUUCCAACCAGUCUCUUCAACGCGGUUUGGCCCUUGUAGCCAACCGCAAAUUGCUCACCUCUUCUACGGGGCAAUUCUACGCGUCUGGUGGCGAGCACUUCAAAUUUGUUUUCCCGACAAACCAACUCUGCAACUUCAUCCGAGGCAUCUAUAUCACCUUCGAAUUCCAGGACGAUCCUUUCAGCGAGGGCUACGUCUUGUCUCACAACUGCGACCCUGGAAGCUUGGCCUUUAGCUACGGGAAGCACUGCUUGAAGAUUGAUUUUGAGAGUCACCCCGUAAUGAACUUGGAAACCUGUAUCGCUCCUUCCACCGACUCUGUUAUCCGCCGUGGCGGCAGCGCCAACAAGUUGGUCAGCUCCUGCUGCAAGAAGUACAUUAAUUCGCAAUACGAAGGACAUGACUCCAAGUGUUACACGCGGCACACCUUGAACAAGAUUAAUAACACCAGUAUUGACUUGAACAUAGGAGUGCUUCUACUCCUCACUGCUGUCGGCUUCAUCCUUUUCCGAGUCUUUUUGCGCUUGCGCAUCUACUACUUGGCAUCUUCCAGCACAUACAAAAAGAUCAAAGAUGAUGCCUGAUUAAUGCUUCCCCCCUUUUUUUUGAUAUAUCUUCACUACCUUCUGUUUAUACUAUUCCUGGCAUUUAUACAUUCCUUCACUUCUCCUGCCGCUUGUGGCAGCAUUUUGGUUCUUUUCCCCCGGUUCAAUUCAAUUCGUUAAAUAAUGAUUCAGAAAUUAAAGUAAUGUGAUAUUGAUGGUGGACCGGUCUAGUGACGGGAUAUUUUUGAACUAGUCGGCGUAACCAAAGUGGACGUUUAUAAUGACAUACCAAUCAAAUAUGACUUGUAUUUAGAAACAGGAGUACUAUUGAAUGUUU